AUGGAGCGCGUCGCCGCCGCCAAGAAGUUCAUCGAGAACCACUACCGCUCGCACAUGAAGAACAUCCAGGAGCGCAAGGAGAGAUUCUGCUUAAUGCGCCAAGUAAGAAUGGUUCCAAUCAUGGGGCGUUUUAGACUGGAGCGGCAGCUAGCUACUUCUGAAGUUCCCAGGGAGCAGCAAAUCAAUUUAAUAAAAGACCUGGAGAGAAAGGAAACUGAGUACAUGAGACUUAAAAGGCACAAAAUCUGCGUGGAUGACUUUGAGCUGCUCACCAUUAUUGGGAGAGGCGCUUUUGGAGAGGUUCGACUGUGCCGGGAGAAGACCUCUGGCAACAUAUAUGCAAUGAAAAAACUGAAGAAGUCUGAUAUGGUUAUCAGGGGUCAAGUGGAGCAUGUUAGAGCAGAAAGAAACUUGAUGGCUGAAGUUGCUAGUCACUGCACUGUGAAGCUAUACUAUUCUUUCCAAGAUACGGAGUAUCUUUACCUUAUUAUGGAGUACCUCCCUGGCGGUGAUAUCAUGACCCUUCUCAUGAGGGAAGAUACCUUAACUGAACCCGUGGCUCGAUUCUACAUUGCUGAGACCAUCCUUGCUAUUGAGUCCAUUCAUAAGCACAACUACAUCCACAGAGAUAUCAAGCCUGAUAAUCUGCUUCUAGACAAGAAUGGUCACAUGAAGUUGUCGGAUUUUGGGCUGUGCAAACCAAUUGAUUGUUCAAAGCUCUCAACCUUGAGCGAAGAUGAACCCAUGGGCGAUGACAACCUGAAGGAGUCAAUGGAUGUCGACAGUUCACUCUCUGAAACUGCAAAUGGUAGAAGGUGGAGAAGUCAACAUGAACAACUUCAGCACUGGCAGAUGAACAGAAGAAAACUGGCAUUCUCAACUGUUGGAACCCCAGACUAUAUUGCUCCAGAAGUUCUGCUAAAGAAAGGAUAUGGAAUGGAAUGCGAUUGGUGGUCUUUGGGUGCAAUAAUGUAUGAGAUGCUUGUUGGGUAUCCACCAUUUUAUUCCGAUGAUCCAAUAACCACAUGCAGAAAGUUUAAUUUAAAGUUCAAGCUGCAAGAACCUGAAGAAAUGACAAAGUACCCACUUCUUGAUCAUGUUUUACUUUCAAUUGUGCACUGGAGAAACCAUGUGAAAUUUCCAGAUGAUUCAAGGCUGUCUCCUGAGGCAAGAGAUCUAAUCUGCCGGUUAUUAUGUGAUGUUGACCACAGGAUUGGUGGUGCAGGGGCUGAUCAAAUAAAGGCCCAUCCUUGGUUCCGUGGAGUUGCAUGGGAUAAACUUUAUGAAAUGGAAGCAGCAUUUAAGCCUCAAGUAAAUGAUGAAUUGGAUACACAAAAUUUCAUGAAGUUUGAUGAGAUGGAUAAUAGCCCUCCAGCAAGAACAGGUUCUGGGCCAUCAAGAAAGGCGAAGCUGAAUUCAAAAGAUCUCAGCUUUGUGGGGUAUACAUACAAAAACUUUGAUGCUGUGAAAGGAUUAAAACAUGCAGAUAUGCAAAGGAGCUCAUCGCUUACAAGGCCCUCUAUUGGUGCUAUAUUCGGCGAGGCCUUCGGCAAGGGGAUCCACUUUUGCCUAUGUUAUUCAUCAUGGCCAUCGACUCCUUCACCACAUGAUCUGAGUGGCGGCCGACUCGGGCGUACUCUUGAUGGUCCGUGCAAGAGUGGCACGCUGUCGAAUUUCACUAUAGCUGACGAUGCUGGCAUCUUUGCCAACCCCGACAAGGACGAGCUCACCACAAUCAAUUCCAUCCUCGAUUGUUUCGGCAACGCUUUGGGAUUGAUCACCAACAUCAUUAAGACUGAGAUCUUUCCAAUUCGUUGUGAGAACUUUGACCUGCAAAACCUACUCACGGUGUUCCCGACCAAAAUUGCAUCAUUCCUAGUAAAAAAUUUGGGCCUUCCCCUUCACUUUCAUCGACAAUGUAAGGUUCACCUACAGCCGCUGAUUGACAAGGUUCAUGGCAGACUACCCAGAUGGAAAGGCAAGAAUAUCACUAGAGUGGGCAGAGUGGCUCUUUCCAAGUCCUCUCUCACCUCUACUGCCACAUUUCAUAUGACGGUCAUCCCACUACCAAAGUGGGCCAGUGCCAAGCAAGACAAGAUCACAGAUAGUUUUGUCUGGUCUGGCGAUGAUAGUGACACUGUUGGUGCUAGUCAUUCACUGGUUAAUUGGAAGAUUGUCGGCCGCCCCAAGGUGCUUGGGGUGCUAGGUAUCACGAACCUGGAGCUCUUCGGGAGGGUGCUCAGACUGCAACAACUCUGGCUAAAAUGGAACGACUCGAAGCGACCAUGGGCCCGAUCUCCGCUCCCCUGCGAUGCUUCUGACUUGGCCCUCUUCAGGGCCUCCGUGACCAUCACCAUUGGAGACGAGCACAAGGCCUCCUUCUGGCAUGACAACUGGUAUGGUAAAGGGGCACUAUGGAUUUUGUCACACCCUGGUCUUUUUGCCAUCUCUCCUUGA